CUUGCUUCACGACACUGUCGCAAAGCCCUGCUAACAACUGUUUUGGUGGCUCAUUCAAAAUGGAGUAGAUGGUGGUUGUUAUUUCCAGUUCUUUUAGUAUAUAAGUAUAAUUGUAUUUAUUUAAAUACGGUAUUACGCAAAACUAUUUAUAUUUCACAGACAUUAUGACAGAGGAGAAUAAAUCGGAUUCGUUCCAUUUCUUUUCAAGCUAUGACGAUUUGAGCGACAGCAGUGAUAGCAAUUCUGACGAAGAGGACGAACGAGUAAAGAAAUCCAAAGAUGCAUUGGGGGGAGAUGCUUCGUCAAGCGGGGGCAAGUCUUUGAAACAGUCCGCGAAACGAGAGGCCAGUGUCCCCUUACCAAAGCCAGACGAACUAUUCAAAUCGGUUUCGAAGCCUGCUUUUCUUUACAAUCCACUAAAUAAGCAAAUAGACUGGGAAAGUCGUGCGGUGAAAGCCCCAGAAGAGCCGGCCAGAGAAUUUAAACCCUGGAAGGCCAAUGCAGUCCCCCCUCCCCAUUCAUGUGCAUCAGAGCCAGAGAGGAAGAAAGGAGCUCCGCCUGGGAUGGACAUGGCCAUAAAGUGGUCCAAUGUUUAUGAGGACAACGGGGACGACGCACCACAGCCUUUUACAGGCAAUGCCCGGUUCCUGCCAGAUGAGGAACAAGCCCCUGAUUCAGAUGAGGAUACAGAGGCUGGCUCUGCCUCCGCCAAGAAGCGGCGUGUGGAGACCUUCCAGCAGAAGGAAAAGAGGAAGAGGGACCUAGGUCAGGCAACCUCCGACAAGAGUUUUGUGGAGGAGGAGAAGAGAAUUCUCAGGCAGAAGGUCGAGUAAGGCCACAGUCCCCAGGACUAAUGUCCCCAGGACAUUAGCGACCUGACUCUGGUUCACAAGCUAAAUCUGACUAUUUUAUUUCAGUUUGCAAAAUUAACUUUCUGGAUGCAACAGUGUCUGAUGUUUUUAAAUUGCCAACAUCCUAGUCAUUGUAACAUUUAAGUUCUUAAAAUACAUUAUCAAAGGUUUGUACAUACAUGCGUGAAAUAGAUGUUGCGUUGGUCAGCUUUAUUUUACUUUUCCCUUUAUAGAUGUUAAAAAUACAAUUAUGGAUUUGGUAAAUAAACAUGUUAUAUAUAUUCUGUAUUCUGUAUUUUUUUGUAUUCUAAACUUGUAAGUAAACAAGUGCCCAUCAGAAUAUUACAUUGUAUUUCAAAUUGUAUCCAUUGAAAGUUUGAGCUGUUAACCUCACUUAUGUUGUUGUAGAUUCCAUUGAAGGCAUAAUAAAUGAACUAUUUACGCUUAUUUAAAUUCAAAACCAUAAAUUCACAGACUGUAGGAGGAAGCACACUGAUAGCUAUUAGACAUUGUUUACAGACAAAUAACUCUUCUUCUUUUGAGUGAAGCCAUGUCCAGCGGGGUCACAUGUUUAAGUAUUUUCACGGAACCUUUGGUUCUAAAAAAUAUGUAAAAAACAGUGUCACAAUUUCUCCUACUCAGAAGACCCACAUGGAUUUUUUGUUGCUGCUGUGAAUCUCUUUGAAUGGCUUUGUUUUCCAUCUGCUUUAAAAUUAUGAAAAGCAUUCCUGCCUUUUAAGGGUAGGGUCUCAUUAUGAAACAGGUAUUUGGUUAGCAGGGGGCCACAUCCUGUGUUCUCUUCCCCUCUGAAUGUGUUGACAGACCAAAUCUUCAUAUUUGAGAAGAGAAGGUUCCAGUAUUAUAUUACAUGCGAUAUGUGAGACCAUCAUCCGCCCUUUAUAAGCCAUGACCUGGUCAAUUCCCACUCAGUUACUAUUUAUUAAAUAUUGUUUCAUAGACUGCACUCCAUUCAGACUAAAUGGGUAGCAUUAAGCCCGUACACCUCAACCGGCUUGAAACAAACGGCAAUACAGUUUUAUUUUAUAUUUUAAAGCUUAAACAAAAUGUCCUGGGGAUGCUUUUUAGUUCUGCGAAGAUCGUCAAUCCCACUGUUUGUAUCAGUAAGGUUCACAACCUCAUCAUGCUGAUGAUAGGUUGGUGCUCUAGCCUGCAUCUAGAAGCUCCACUUAUGGCUUACAUCAUAUUUUUGUUUAAAUUUGCAAAGCGUCUUAUUGUUAGUAUGGUGCCUUAUUUGUUUUAUUUAUAUGAUAGCAAAAGCCGUAUACAGCAAUAAACUUUAGCUGCAUUUGAACACAGUGUGUAUGGUUUUCUGGCCUACUAUUAGUAUGAAAGCCAUAAGUAUGCAAAUUUUUUGGACAUUCUAGUGUUUCAGAAUUCAAUCUGAUGCCCUUAAUUGAUUACGACACGCUACAAACUUAUCAGGUUAUUUUACCUGUUAUUUAUUUAUUUAUUUAUUUAUUUGUUUGUUCUUGUUGUUUGUUGUGAUGUGGUUCCCCCUGGGUCUGAAAUAAAGAAUUAUAUGUAUG